UUCCGUUCGGCCCAUUUCAAUUCUCCUUCCCUCUAAACUAAACCCUCGCUCCCACCAAAUACCAGAAGCUACGGGACAUACAGCUCUUCACUCUCCAUCUUCCCAAAUCAAAACCCUAGCUUCCUCCUUUGGGAUCAACCAACAACAAUGGCAGCCAUGCUGCAACCGCAGAUCUUACUGUUGAAAGAAGGAACGGACACUUCGCAGGGAAAGGCUCAUCUUGUCAGCAAUAUAAGCGCCUGUACAGCGGUGGCGGACGUGGUGAGGACGACGCUAGGUCCGAGGGGAAUGGACAAGCUCAUCCACGAUGAUAAAGGCAGUGUCACCAUCUCCAACGACGGUGCUACAAUCAUGAAGCUCCUCGACAUCAUUCAUCCUGCUGCCAAGAUCCUCGUUGAUAUCGCUAAGUCCCAGGACUCCGAGGUUGGCGAUGGAACCACGACUGUGGUUCUACUUGCAGCGGAGUUUUUGAAGGAGGCCAAACCUUUCAUAGAAGAUGGUGUCCACCCGCGAAAUUUGAUUCGUAGCUACCGAACUGCGGGAUUUUUGGCGAUCCAGAAAAUCAAAAAACUGGCUGUUAGUAUUGAGGGAAAAAGUCUGGAAGAAAAGAAAAGCCUACUAGCUAAAUGUGCUGCUACAACUCUGUCGUCAAAACUCAUUGGUGGCGAGAAAGAGUUUUUUGCUUCAAUGGUGGUUGAUGCUGUUGUCGCAAUUGGGGAUGAGGAUAGGCUAAAUAUGAUUGGAAUAAAGAAGGUUCCUGGUGGUAACAUGCAAGACUCCUUUUUAGUUAAUGGUGUGGCUUUCAAGAAGACAUUUUCUUAUGCGGGAUUUGAGCAGCAGCCAAAGAAAUUUUCAAAUCCCAAGAUUCUCCUACUAAAUGUUGAGUUAGAGCUAAAAUCUGAAAAGGAAAAUGCUGAGAUUAGACUUCAAGAUCCAUCUCAGUAUCAAUCAAUUGUUGAUGCAGAAUGGAAUAUCAUUUAUGACAAGUUGGAUAAAUGCGUGCAGAGUGGGGCUAAAGUUGUUCUUUCAAGGCUGGCCAUUGGUGACCUAGCGACUCAGUAUUUUGCAGAUCGAGAAAUCUUCUGUGCUGGUCGUGUAACUGAAGAAGAUUUGCAACGGGUUGCUGCUGCAAGUGGGGGAACUGUACAGACAUCUGUUAAUGACAUAAUUGAUGAGGUUCUAGGGAGUUGUGAGAUUUUUGAAGAAAGACAGGUUGGGAAUGAGAGGUUUAAUAUAUUCAGUGGAUGCCCUUCUGGAAGGACAGCCACCAUAGUUCUUCGUGGUGGAGCUGAUCAGUUCAUUGAGGAGGCUGAGAGGAGUUUACAUGAUGCAAUAAUGAUUGUUAGAAGAGCUUUAAAGAACUCUACUAUUGUUGCUGGCGGUGGUGCUAUUGAUAUGGAGAUAAGUCGAUAUCUGAGGCAGCAUGCACGCUCUAUUGCUGGGAAAGCUCAACUUUUUAUCAACUCUUAUGCUAAGGCUCUUGAGAUCAUCCCAAGGCAGCUAUGUGACAAUGCUGGAUUUGAUGCAACAGAUGUCCUGAACAAAUUAAGACAGAAACAUGCACUCCCAGAGGGUGAAGGGGCACUUUAUGGAGUGGAUAUCAACACUGGUGGAAUUGCAGAUUCAUUUGCCAACUUUGUUUGGGAGCCAGCAGUAGUAAAGAUUAAUGCAAUAAAUGCUGCUACAGAAGCUGCUUGCCUUGUUUUAAGUGUGGACGAGACAGUAAAAAACCCUAAGUCUGAGAGUGCCCAGGGAGAGGCUGCUGCAAGUGCUUUGGGUGGUAGAGGUCGUGGAGGAGGUGCUUUCCGAGGUGGGGGACGAGGAAUGCGAAGGCGAUAGAAUGGCUGAAGCUUAACUUAGGUUUUUGUUUCCUGGUAAGUUCAUCUUGCAGUGUGAUUUCAAGGUGUAGAACUAUUUAAGUUCUGAUCAAUAUGCCUCCCCCAUACUUGGAUUCUGAAACUUAGCUACCCUUUAUGCUUGGUUUACAACCCAUUCGUAUGGUGGGGGAUAUGUUUGUAUUCUAAGAACAUUUUUGAAAAUUUUGAUUUUUGUUUAAUGAAUUAUGAAGUUAGAAGAUUGCA